CCAAACGAUCCUAAAUUAGUGUGACGCUGCAUGUUGCUAUGACAGCUGGCAUCGGUAUGGACUGGGGCGGAUCCACCAACCCAAUGGGACCAUGUGGUUCUCACUGCUGAUUUGUUGUGAUUUGUUUUCAGAUAGAGGAAAGAGAGAGAGCGAGUAUGAACAGCAGCAUAAGAACGGGAGGCGAGACAAAUGGAACAGGGGUUUCCUUAAUGAGCUGAUGUCUGGGAUUAUUAACCGAAUACCCCUUUGACAUUUAAUUUCCUCAAGCAGAGUGAAUCAUUGAUAGUAGCCUGGUGUUUUGUUGCUUCAUCUAUCUGCUAUGAAACUGGGCAAUUUGAGGCUUCCUUUAGUUGCUUGUAGGGAUAAAGAAAUAUAACAAAUCCUGUGUCAGUUUAUGAAAUAUUUCCGCUGCCAAGUAGGCAACUAGUUGCGGCAGGUGCGCACUGAGCGAGACCAGGAUGGGCAGGCGGGAAAUUCGCAGAGACCACCGCAGCACCAGCAGCGUGAUGAGCACUGAAGACCGGUCAGAACGGAGGGAGAACAUGCAGGACACGGCAGAUACCGAAACCGGCGAUGAUGGCUCCGAGACCUCAAGUCUGGACAGCGGUCGUCUCCUCAGCGGGGACAAGCGCCCCAGCCACACCGGGGAAAGUGGCUCUAUGCCGGUGGAAGUGAAGAAGCACCAACAUAAACACAAUUUGAAACACCGCUACGAGGUAAUGGAGACGCUGGGAAAAGGCACCUACGGGAAAGUGAAGAGGGCGGUGGAGAGAACGACCAGGAAGACAGUGGCCAUCAAGUUGAUUCGUAAGGAGAGCAUCACUGAUGAUCUGGACAGAGUUCAUAUCCAGAGAGAGAUAGAAAUCACCUCCGCCCUCAAACACCCCUACAUCAUACGCUUCCACGAGGUGUUUGAGAGUCGUGAUAAGAUAGUGAUAGUGAUGGAGUACGCCAGCAGAGGGGAGUUGUAUGACUACGUCAAUGAGAGGAGGAGACUGGUGGAGACAGAAGCCAGAGACAUCUUCAGACAAAUCACCUCCGCCGUGCACUACUGCCACACGAAUGGUGUGGUCCAUCGAGAUCUGAAGCUGGAGAACAUUCUACUAGACCAGGACCUGAACGUCAAGCUGGCUGACUUUGGCUUGUCCAACCGCUUUAAGAAGGACAAUUUGCUCCAGACGUACUGUGGGAGUCCUCUCUACGCCUCCCCAGAGAUAGUCAAGGGACUGCCCUAUCAUGGCCCAGAGGUGGACUGCUGGGCUAUGGGAGUCUUGCUGUAUGCGCUGGUGUACGGCAGUAUGCCGUUUGACGGGGCCAGCUACAGAGCGCUCACAGAGCAGAUCAGCCAGGGACGCUACCGCAGACCAAACCCUCCCUCAGACGCCUGUGCCCUGAUUGACUGGCUGCUGACGGUGCGUGUAGAAGAGAGGGCCACGGUGGAGGACAUAGCCAACCACUGGUGGGUCAACUGGGGCUAUGAGGACAGUGUAUGUGACUGCCCCUCAUCCCCCCACCAGGACUGCCCCUCCCCGCUGCUCGCCCGCUACAUCGACUGGCAGAACCGGGUUGCCACGGCAACCAGUUGCCCGAGCUCUGACCCUUCCGCUCACCCUCACCCGUUCUACUUCAGCUUCCCCCUGAAGGGUGAUCGCGGGGGAGGGGGGAGGUCGAGGGGGGAGAGGUCAAGUUUAAGGAAGUCGCGUAAGGUGAACACUAUCCCCCAGAAUGCACUGGGAGCAUGUAGUCCAGUUUGUACGACAACUGCCAUCAACACCACCACCACCACUGCCGCCUCCAUUUCCUCUUCCUCCAUAGGCCAGGUCGAGAGGAAGAAACCAAAGGGGAUUCUGAAACCCCAGCGGAGCUUUGAUUCAACCUUCCUGCCCCCUCCUAGAGUGAUGGGGGAGAACUCCUCCGCCAAGCCCUGCAACCUGCCUCCCCAGCCCCACAGAGCUCACGCACACACUCACUCACACAGUGAUGGUCUGUCCACAAGCAUGCCUGCCCCCUCUAUGUUCUCCCAUUCCUCCUCCAAGAUGCCCAAGAAGGGGAUCCUAAAGAACCUGUAUGGUGGUGAGUCAGGGUACUGCUCAUCCCCAGAGAGAGGUAUGUCUGGAGCGGGCACAAGAGUAGGAGGUAGAGGGGUUGAUGGAGAUAUGUGCUGCUCUUACGAUCCCCACUCCCCCAGCUCAGAGCACAGUCCAACGAUGCGGACGGAAGCAGUGAGAAGGAGGAAAGGAAUUCUAAAGCGCAACGGCAAGUUCUCACACAGCCUGGACCUCCCUGAUGCCCUUCAUCCCUCCUUAUCCUCAGCUCUGGCCCAUUUCCCUGAGGCACUGCACCAGCUCCACCAGGCCUCUGGGGGCAGCAGACCCCCCAGCGUGGUGAGUGAGGACAGCCUCCUCUCAUCUGAUUCUUUUGACCUGCUGGACCUCAGCGCCCAAUCACGCCGCAGGAUCUUCUCCCGGGGCACCCAAUGCAGUGCUUGCAGCUCAGAAGAGGAACUCGAGGACCCGGUAGCAAGGGCGGCAGACGGGAUUGGAUUAGGAAUAGGGCGGGGCAGAGAGGAGGAAGAUGAGAUGUCAUUGGAGGAGAGACAGGAGAUGCUAAGAUAAGAUAAAGGUUGCUGAAAUUACUGACAGACUUUGUCUUUGCUAACCAAAUGACAAAUAAGAAUAAAGAAUUCAGCGGAAGCACCUAGUCAUACAACCUGCAGUGAUCGUAUGUUGAAGGAAAGUCAUCAAGAAAUUGUUCAUUUCAUCAAGAUCAGUUACUGAUUGGAAUGGAUUGAGACUGCUGUCCUAGUGAUGGGAAAAAACACCUUUGGACUCUAUAACUGUGUGAAUGAAGCCAUCACUGACUUUAAGGACUCCUAUGUGAACUAACAAAACACUGUACAGGAGACCACAUGGCAUUCCCAAUCUGGCCCUCAUACCAUCAUGGCCAUCUAAUCAUCCCCUACUUCCAGUUGGAUCAUUCAUCCCCCCUCCUCUCCCCUGUAACUAUUCCCCAGGUCGUUGUUGUAAAUGAGAAUGUGUUUUCAGUCAACUUACCUGGUAAGAUAAGGGUAAAAAAUAAAAUGUCUAUGGAAUCCUGUGGACACGAAGCUAAUGUGCAAUGUUAAGACAUAGUUAAAAUUGUUCCUUUAAUUCAAGCAUGCUGUUUGCAGCAUCAGACUUGAGUUGUUUGAUUCCUGCAUGGGCCAAAUAUACUGUACAAUAUGCCCAUUUUAUGUGUUAAUUAUAAGUCACUUUGGUUAAAACAAUGAUCUAAAUGUCUGUACAGUGUAUGUCUUUGACUGGGGUGAAACCAAAUGGUGUCAACGUGGAUGUGUUAUCUCUGUGCCACAAGACACGUGGAUGUGUUAUCUCUGUGCCACAAGACACGUGGAUGUGUUAUCUCUGUGCCACAAGACACGUGGAUGUGUUAUCUCUGUGCCACAAGACGCGUGGAUGUGUUAUCUCUGUGCCACAAGACGCGUGGAUGUGUUAUCUCUGUGCCACAAGACACGUGGAUGUGUUAUCUCUGUGCCACAAGACAUGUAAUAUUACUCUGAUUUCAUCGGAUUUCACUGACAGCAUGAGCCUUCAGAUAUAUAUAUAUAUGAUCUCUGAGGUCACAUGAGGCUGACUGAUGGCAUUUUACCAUAGAAUGUGAUCUUAUGGUCAAACAGACUGGAAGAUUGAAUGAGACUUUGAGGAUUUUAAAUCUGGGAUCUGUGCGCUGGAAAAGUGUAAGGGUAUGUGAUUACAUUUGACUGGGAGGCAAGGAGGAAGUUACACAAAGUAUUAAUGCUUUGGUUUUUGGAUUGGUUCAACCGUUUUGGUACUGUGAAAUAAAAAAUAAAUACAAGGAAUGAUGAAAAUGAAUACUUUUUUUCUGGAAAUAGGCCUAAUGUUUUCUGCUGUCUCACUUCCUUCAGAAUGAGCAACGACCAAAAAGCACAUUCAUUUAUCAUAAAUCGCAGGAAGUGUUUGAGGUAUUAAUAACUUGACUGAUUUGUGUCCCUGGCACUUUCACAGAUGUCUGGAGGUCUAGAAAUAAGAUGCUGAGAAAACAUUGUGAGCCAAUGGAGAUGACAGAUUAAACAAGCUGGAUACAAACAUAGGAGCUUUUUAAAAUACAAUCAUGAUAGUGAUUAUAAAACGCCUGUCUAAUACCAAACAGGACAUCCAUUUUUAGACACUUCUCUGUUCUCUGCAGUGGAGAGGCCUUUUCCCUGGGUUGACCAUAAGUAGGGGAACAUUAGGGAGAACAGAGCGUUGUGUUUAUAAUGUGCCACUAGUGGUUGUUUUUGAUCGAUAGCAGAAACCCCAUUCUGUCCCUCUACACAAAGACAUAUUUACUCUAAAGUCCAUUUCCAUGUUCUGUUCAUUUGCUAUGAUUAGAAACCAUCUGAAGUAGUGCACUCUACUGACUGGAGUCACAAACACAAAAUGACUGAUGCCUUGCCUCUCUGUUGCAAAUGCUGUCCAUACCACAAUCCCCUCUAUGGAGCGAAUCUAGGUCAUAGUCCAGCCAAACCCUCACCAUGUUACCCCAUACCAUCAGAACGACUGACACAAAGGCAGCCAUUUUAAUCUCAGGUUGACUCUAGUGUGUUUUUGUUAUCCGCAUCAGAAAAGGAUGGUGUUGCUUAAAUGGCAAAUCCUAUUCUUUUCAGGGAGACUUGAUGAUGUCAUGGCUCAGGCAACACUAAACUAACAUUUACCCAAGAAUGGGGGUAAGAAUAACAUUCAGCUAAGCAACACAGAACAUCUGAAUAAUGGAUUGUAUGCAGUGAGAGUAAUUUGUCCCUCUCUUUAGUAUCACCGUCAAGAAUCUUUUCCAUUAACUUUGGAGCAGUGUGUUUAUCUACUUGAUACGUACAGAGCCUUGCAAAAGUAUUCACCCCCCUUGGCUUUUUUCCUCUUUUGUUGCAUUACAACCUGUAAUUUAAACUGAUUUUUAUUUGGAUUUCAUGUAAUGGACAUACACAAAAUAGUGUAUGAAAAGACUAACUUGUUUUAAAAAAUUGUAAAAAAAAAUAAAAAUACUUGAAAAGUG